AUGCCUUCUGACGUUUUCAUUGAUGGCGUUCGUUGUCUCGAACGUAUUCGAAAACUCUAUACAUUAUGGCAAAAUACAAAUCAUGAAGAUGGAACUGAUGUAUUAACUCAUGAUAAUGAUGCAUUACAUUCUGCUGAUGCAAUUAUUAUUGUAAGAGGACAAAAAGAAGAUGAUUUUACUUAUAGUAAAACUGCUGCUAUGCAGACUUGGUUAUUUGGCUAUGAAAUGCAUGAUGUUCUUGUUGUAUUUUGUCAAGAUUCAGUAAUUAUAUUUGCUGGUGCAAAAAAAAUCAACUAUCUUAAACAAAUUGAAAGUGAACAAAAUAAUAAAGAAAAUGCACCAAGAAAUUUUAAUUUUUUAAUACGUAAAGAUAAUGAUGAAAAAAAUUUUUCUGAUAUUAUUGAACAAAUUAAACAAAGUCAUCAAGGUAAAACAUUAGGAAUAUUUUCAAAAGAUAAAAUGGAUGGAACAUUUGGUGAACAAUGGAAAAAUUGUUUAAGUCAACAUUCAUUUACAACUGUUGAUAUAAGUGCUUCAGUUGGUUAUUUACUUUCAAUGAAAGAUAAUGAAGAACUUGGUUUAAUUCGUAAAGCAUGUGAAAUAACUGGAAAACUUUAUAGUAAGCAUUUAAAAGAUCAAAUUGUUAAUACAGUUGAUUCGGAACGAAAAGUAAAACAUUCAAAAUUAUCUGAAGGACUUGAAGCAGCAUUAAGUGAUGAAAAAUUUGUUGCAAAAGCUGAUCUUAAUCAUGUAGAAAUGUGUUAUCCAGCUAUUGUACAAAGUGGUGGAAAUUAUAAUUUAAAAUUUAGUGCUACGGUUGAUAACAAUCUUCUUCAUUAUGGUGGUUCAUCAAUAGUUUGUGCAUUUGGAAUUCGAUAUAAAUCAUAUUGUUCAAAUCUUGUUCGUACAUUACUUGUUAAUCCAUCUGAAGAAAUGAAAAAUACAUAUAAAUUUUUAAUUGAAUGUGAAGGACUUAUUAUAAAUGAAUUAAAACAUGGUGUACAAUUAUGUGAUGUAUACAAAUUAGUACGAGAAAAAGUUGAAAAUGAACGACCAGAACUUGUAAAUAAAAUGACAAAUAAUUUAGGAACAGCAUUAGGUAUUGAAUUUCGAGAAAGUUCUAUUGCUAUAACAAGCAAAUGUACAAUACAAGCAAAAAAAGGUAUGACUUUUCAAGUGAGUAUUGGCUUUUCUGGUUUGGAUAAUUCUGAUGGUAAAGAUGAUCAAUCGAAAAUUUAUGCUUUAUUUAUUGGCGAUACUGUACUUGUUAAUGAAAAUGAAUCUUGCACAUUAUAUACAUCAUCGAAAAAAGAUCUAAGUCAUAUAGCAAUUAUUUUAAAAGAUGAAGGUUCAGAAGAAGAUGAAGAUGAUGAAACACCAAAAAUAGUACCAAGACGAGCAGCUACUAAAGAAAAACCUCGAAAUGAUUCAACUGUACCUGAAGAAUCUCGUCAAGAAUUUCAAAAAACAUUAUUACGUAAAUUAAAUGAACGAGCUGAAGCUCGAUUAACAUCACAAGAUGAUAAAGUAUCAUCGGAAAGAACUCGAAAAAUUCUUAAUUCAUAUAAAUCCGAAGGACAAUUACCAAAAGAUCCAGAUAUUCAUGAGUUAAAACUUUAUGUUGAUAAACAAUAUGAAACAGUUAUUUUACCAAUUAACGGAAUGCCUACACCAUUUCAUAUUUCAACAAUCAAAAAUGUAUCAUUAGCUGUCGAAGGUGAAUAUAUAUAUUUACGUAUAAAUUUUUUUAAUCCUGGUGGUAUUGGUAAACAAGCUGAUUCUAUCGACAAAGAAAAUGUUUAUAUCAAAGAAUUAACAUAUCGCGCAUCGAAUGAUAAAAAAGAUGAUAUUGCACCAGCAUCAAAUAAUCUAUCUCAUGUACAUAAAUUAAUUCUUGAAACACAAAAAAAAUUUAAAGAUCAAGAACAAGAAAGAAAACAAAUGGAGGGUGUUGUUAAACAAGCAGCAUUAAUUCUUAAUCCAAGUAAAACAAAUCCAAAA